AUGGCGAGUAAUGAACUGUUAGAGAAUCCAGCAGAGCUACUGAGGCAAGUAAGGGAAAAUUUUAUCAUUCAAGAGGAUGUUGCUGCAAUUGGUGGCAUAGAUGAAAAGUUGGAUCAAAUACAAGCACAGUCAAGACAAAAGUUAGCUUCCAAAGAGGGAGAGAUAUCGACGUUGGAAUCGCAAUUGAAAACCGAAAAUGAUCAGGUAAAUGAAUUGACCACAUCUUUAGAUCGAGUGAGACAGGAAUCUCAAGAAUUGGCAAGUCAAAGACAGAUUGUCGACUACGUAAAGGAAUUAGACGAAUUGGAACAGUCCAUCGUAUCUAUGAGAAGCGAAUUAGACGAGAAAAUAGUAAAAUUGGUUAAGGAUACUAGAGACCAAGAUUCUUCAGAAUCUCCUGAUGAGAGCCAACUUCUACAAGAUCCAGUUGCAAGGGCCAAUAUUUUGAAGCUAAAACUUUAUAGAUCUAUGGGGGUCAUCAUUGAUCAAGAAAAUGGCCAGGUACUAAUAAAGGAUCCUAAUAACGAUGUUGAUAUCUUACCAAUCGACAGUGAUCUAAGUGAUUUCUUCAAAACUAAAUUUAUUUGGGAGAAAAUAUCGAAGUCUAAAUCGAACUUUACAUCAUAA